UCAAAAACAGAGGGGAAAAAAAGGAAAGAGAAAAGAGAUAUGAGGCCAAUGCUGUUCUUCAGAAACGAGGCUGUGGUAGGCCCAAAUUCGCAGAGGAACAGGGGAAAGGAUUGUUAAUGACUAAUCUGCGUUCAUGAGGCACGGAGCCAAGGAAGAGAUGUCGCUUAGCCGGAAGGCCGCCUGUGAUCAUCCACAGCUUUUACUAGAACUCCCUCCUCUUCCUCCUCCACCAUCUCCUCCUCACACCACCGUCUCCUGGACUCACCCCAAUGCAAACCCAGGUUCUGAGCAUUUGUAGCAAAAUUGCUGUGAUUUGGAGAGGAAGACUGGACUCAGAAUUCUCCCAGGACCUUGAAAGUUCACCUCCAACCUGAGACAAUCCAAGAAAGUAGGAGACAUAUUGGAAGGCAGGAGGAAAAGAAGACCUAAAAAUUUAACUAAAAGUGGACAUUGCUUCUUUGGGCUCUUGGAUUCAUUCUGGACAUUUCCUUAGGAUGAAACUUCAGACACUUUGAAUUUUUUUGUUUUUUGUUUUUUUGAAGACUACCAUAACGAAGGGGCAUUCUCAAAUAGAACAGUUUGGAUGGGAUCAAAAAUGAAUCUCAUUGAACACUCCCACUUACCUGUCCCAGAAGAAUUUUCUCUUUCUGACAAUUUAUUUGGUGUCCUAACAGAGCAAGCAGCAGGACCUUUGGGACAGAAUCUAGAAGUGGAACCAUACCCACAAUACAACAAUGUUCCGUUUCCACAAGUUCAACCACAGAUUUCCUCGUCAUCCUAUUAUUCCAACCUGGGUUUCUACCCCCAGCAGCCUGAGGAGUGGUAUUCUCCUGGAAUAUAUGAACUCAGGCGAAUGCCAGCGGAGACUCUCUACCAGGGAGAGAUUGAGGUAGCAGACAUUCCUGUAACAAAAAAGGCCCGAAUGGGUGUGUCAGCAGGGAGAAUAAAAGGGGAUGAAUUGUGUGUUGUUUGUGGAGACAGAGCAUCUGGAUACCAUUACAAUGCGCUGACCUGUGAGGGGUGCAAAGGUUUCUUCAGGAGAAGCAUUACCAAAAAUGCCGUGUACAAGUGUAAAAAUGGGGGCAACUGUGUGAUGGACAUGUACAUGCGAAGAAAGUGCCAAGAGUGUCGCCUAAGGAAAUGCAAAGAGAUGGGAAUGUUGGCUGAAUGCUUGUUAACUGAAAUUCAGUGUAAAUCUAAACGACUAAGAAAAAACGUGAAGCAGCACGCAGAUCAGACCAUUCAUGAAGACAGCGAAGGUCGGGAUUUGAGACAAGUGACCUCGACAACCAAGUCAUGCAGGGAGAAAACUGAACUCACCCCAGAUCAACAGAAUCUUCUGCAUUAUAUUAUGGAUUCAUACAGCAAACAGAGGAUGCCUCAGGAAAUAACAAAUAAAAUUUUAAAAGAAGAAUUCAGUGCAGAAGAAAACUUUCUCAUUUUAACUGAAAUGGCGACUAGUCAUGUACAGAUUCUCGUAGAAUUCACAAAAAAACUGCCAGGAUUUCAGACUCUGGACCAUGAAGAUCAGAUUGCUUUGCUGAAAGGGUCUGCAGUUGAAGCUAUGUUCCUCCGUUCAGCUGAGAUUUUCAAUAAGAAACUUCCAGCUGGACAUACUGACCUAUUGGAAGAAAGAAUUCGGAAAAGUGGUAUCUCAGAUGAGUACAUAGCACCUAUGUUUAGCUUUUAUAAAAGCGUUGCAGAAUUGAAGAUGACUCAGGAAGAGUAUGCUCUGCUUACAGCAAUUGUUAUCCUCUCUCCAGACAGACAAUACAUAAAGGACCGAGAGGCGGUAGAGAAGCUUCAGGAACCAUUGCUUGAUGUGCUCCAAAAGCUGUGCAAGAUUUCUCAGCCUGAAAAUCCUCAACAUUUUGCCUGUCUCCUGGGUCGCUUGACUGAGCUGCGGACAUUCAAUCAUCACCAUGCAGAGAUGCUGAUGUCUUGGAGAGUAAAUGACCACAAGUUUACCCCACUUCUCUGUGAAAUCUGGGAUGUGCAGUGAUGAGCUUUGCAGGGGCAACCGCAUCUAGCUCUUUAUUUUCCUCAUAAUAUAAAUCUGAUGUAUAACUUUCUUUUAUUUCAUUUGUACCUGGUUUCACAAAGAAUUUUGAUGAAUAUUUAUGCAGUAAUUACAUAACUUCCACAGUUGUAAAUAUAGAGCUAGAUAGGAUUACAUUCUUUACAUUGUAUUUUGAAAGGCCUCAGGGACUCUUUCAUUCUAAUUGGCAUGCCCUGUUUGCCUAAUUAAAUUGAUCAUUCUUCACUUCUCUCGUUGAAAUAGGGAAAAUUUCUAUUUUGCUCUUCAUCUUACCUUAUUGCAUAUAUUAUAUCAAAGCGUUGUGUUCAAUUUUGGCAAUAAACUGAACAUAAAGGCAACAGGA